AUGGCGACCAGACCUUCCAUGCUGCCGCCGCAUAAUGAGACAGAACACUCUGUCAGCCGCAUUACGCGGGAGGGCAAACAGAUCACUUAUAAGUUGAGUGUGAUGCAACAGCCCGAACGGGCGCGAGCAUGUGGUGCUGCAUCUGCUGAUCGCCGACCCGUCGACCCGCCGCCGGUGGUUGAGUUGCGGAUUUUUGAAUCGGAGCCGGGCAAUGACGCGCACAAGACCGACAUUACCUUCGCCUACAAUGCCAACUUCUUUUUGUAUGCAACGUUGGACUCUGCACGCCCUAUCGCCCACGGUCGGCUGGCUGGACCACCCUCGUGCCCGGUGUUGACAGGUGUCCCGGUCGCCGGGGUUGCCUAUUUGGACCGUCCGACCCAGGCGGGCUACUUUAUCUUCCCAGAUCUGUCGGUGCGACACGAGGGUCGCUACCGCCUGAACUUCCAUCUCUACGAGGAGAUCAAAGAUGCCAAGGAUGCCGAUAAGGACUCGACCAUGCCCAUCCCGAGCCAGGUUCCCCGUGCGACUACGAACAGACCGGGAUCGCCGCAAGCGUUCCUGCAUUUCCGCCUGGAGGUCAAGUCGGUGCCAUUCACCGUCUACAGCGCCAAGAAGUUCCCUGGCCUGGCGACCAGCACCUCGCUCAGUCGUGUCAUCGCCGAGCAGGGCUGCCGGGUCCGUAUUCGUCGCGAUGUUCGCAUGAGACGCCGCGGCGACAAGCGCGAGGACGAAUACGACUUCGACGGGGAUCGCUCCUCGGUGUAUCGCCAAUCCGAUCGGUACACCACCCCAGACCGCUAUAUCGCUUCUUCGAUAGAGCGCCCGCGGUCGAACAGCAACCAUAGCGCGAUGCAAUCCCCCUACGGAUUCCAGCCAGACCCCAACCGACGAACGUCGGUAUCAGACUAUGGGUUCCCGGUUCCUCAGCCGUACGAACGACCGAUGCCCCCUGCCCCUGUGCCUAUGGCGCCUUCGCAAACACCGGGCUACCAGUCUCACCUAUCAUUUGGCUCAACGCCCAUGUCCUACCCGGCUCCUCAAAUGCCUCCCACGCCGCCACCAAUAGCUGCAUCCUCAGCCAGCUUGUACUCUCCGCAAUCCAGCUUCUCUCACCUGCGACAACCUUCCGCCACUUCAGAAUAUGACGCAACAACAAAUGUCAUACCCAAAGAAUACGCAGAUGGGCAUGCAGGCAGCCAUGCAACCAUACCAGAUGGAAGCAACCAAAGCCCAACAACCAAAGCCCAACAACCAUACAUGGAUAUGCAAUCUAUGGAGCCGAUGCAAUAUCAACCCAUGGCCCAAAAUAUGAUUCCCCAGGCCCACACACCGCACUUGGCUCACUCUCUGCCACCACUGAAGGCGCUGUCUAGCGAAUACGUCAACCAGCCAAUGCAAUCUGUAGAGUCACCGAGCUCAGGAUACGAUGCCAUGUCUGGCAGACGGAUGUACUACCAGACGGGACCGACCUCGGUCAAGCGGACCCACGAGGAUUCGUUUGGUCUGGAUGAGCGUCCGAUGACCAACGGCAUGCGUCCAGACACGGACACCUACUCCACCACCUCCCGCAGGAUCGAAGCCCAACGAGCGGCUCUGCUCGCGGAACUUGGAGACGAGAUGGCCUACAAGCGUGCCAACGGAAGGACGGUGAUGAAAGUCCCGCCUUCCGUCAUAUAA